CGUGCUUCUGCGACCUGCUCUGCCUAUCCGUUGAGGUGUUCCUCCUCUGGCCGUUGUCCAUCAUGGCGUCCUCCCUGUCCAAGGGCCCCGUUCUCUCGGCCAUUCGCUCCAGCAGCACCCCCUUCGCUGCCUUCUACUCCAAGACUCUCUCCGGACCGGCGGUAGCUACACCGUGCCAAUGCCGACCCUUCUCGCAAUCUUCGCAGCGCAAUGGCUAUCGCGGACUCCCGCAGAACAUCUCCAUCCCACAGCCCGCUCAGCCGAGUAUGCGCACUCGGGGUAGGGACAUGAACAGAACGGAUCUGCCUCAGGACAUUGGACUCUUGCCGGGAACCUUCAUCCGGCCGCUUUGGCGAGACUUGCCUUCCAUCUUCCACCAGCCCUCGGAGCGUUUACAUAUGGAAUGGUUGUGGAUCAAGUCGGCCUUUCAGAACUUCAUCUCUCUUCUCGCCUACUGCAAAUGGGUCAACAAGGGACUCCCGCUUCGGCUGAAGGAGCGUCGACAGGUUGCUCUCAGUCUUCACAAAUCCAUGUAUACUGCAUUCGCUGCCGGCGACUCCACUACCCUUCGCAAGGUGUGCUGCACCGGCCUUGCCAACCAGCUCAACAGCCGCAUUGCGGCCCGCCCCAAGGGCGAGCAAGUCUCAUGGAGCCUGGAGAAAUACAUCAAGUCCCCUGCCACCUUCUUCACCGGUGUCCGCGUUGUCUCGGAUCGUGCGACCCAGAUCCCCGAAUUGCCCGACUCUGGAGUCCGCCAGGUCGUUCUGCGCAUCACUAGCCGCCAGUCGAAGGGGAAGGUGUCUUCCGGGCAGAGUACGGAUGUGGCCAACAAUGCUAAGCAGCAGGACUGCACCGAAUACAUUGUGAUCCAGAAACUCCGCUGGACCGGCGAGGAAGGCGAAUGGCGCGUCUGGGGCCACGCUACCCCCACUACCGUGGAAGAUCUCGAUAGCCCUUUCUUUGCCCGUGGAAUGACUAUGGCCGACCGCAUGGAGGCUAUGAAGGAGUCGAUGGGUGGAAGAAGAUAAGCUGCAUCGGAUUCUCGUCAGGUCACAACAUUGACCUGUCCUUGUGAACGAACCCCAGUCACCAAGUCCCGAUUACUCGAGCCCGCAAAGUCGACAACUUCCUUCUUGACCAGUCAAGCACGUGAAGGCCCUGAGUUCACCCCCCCCGAAUUGUAUGCUACGCAGUGACGAAGCACAAAAGUGUCUAUCAGUUAGCUUGAUCUCUGCCACCCGCACCCUCCUCUCCUCCAUUCUCUUGCAUCUGGCUUUGGCUGCGACCCAUCGCAUCCAAUUCGAUUCUGUCAUGUGUU